AUGGCUGAGCUAGUAGUAUACGGACGCGAAAGCUGUGGUUUUUGCAGAGACUUCAAAGAGCUUUGUUGCGAAGAAGGUUUGAAGUAUCGCGAUGCCAACAUCGAUGUGCCUGCCAACAAAGCGGAAAUGGCCCGAAAGCUGAGGAGCACUGAGUGGUUCAAAGGUGGCAAGUUUGGGCUACCAUUGGUGGACGUUUACGGAAGCAUUCAUGAGCGGCCAACAGUGGCGAGUGUCAAAGCUGCCAGGGAGAUGUUGCCUAGUGAUGAGCAGGUCGACAAUAUAAAGAAACAGUUCAAGGAGUUGGACCUCAACAAUGAUGGUACGCUUUCUUUCAAUGAGAUGCAAAAGAUGAUGCAGGGUAUUGCACCAAGCAUGUCUGAAAUCCAGCUGCAGAAACUCUUUUGCGCAGCUGAUGUGAAUCAGAAUGGGGUUCUUGAGUUGAAUGAGUUCAUCGACUUUGUUCUACAUGGCAAGGCAGCAAUGGCCAAGAUCAUGCAGGAACCACCUGAGACGGAGCCAUGCCCAGAAGCUGUGAGAGAGGAUUGGAAGGAGCGGGCCCUUCUGGCACACAACUGGUUACGGCGUCGGCAUGGCGUACUGGACCUCGAAUGGAGUGAUGAAUGCUACGAAAAUGCCAAGAGGCAGGCUGAUGCUUGUCAGGCUGCAGGCCGUAUGCUCCAGGGCCACUGUGAAGGGACAUCUGGACGGCAUGGGCAGAACAUCUAUUGGAAUCCUUGCACUUGCCCUCAUCCCAACGUGAUCGUGGAGUCUUGGUACAAAGAAGUGCAGGAACCGGGCUACGACUUUUCCAAGUCGCUGGGCUCCCCUGAGACCGAGCAUUUCACACAAGUGGUCUGGAAAAGAACCACACAUGCCGCCAUGGCAGUGUCUGAAGAUGGUAUGUUUUGCGUGGCCAAUUAUUUCCCCGCGGGGAACCUGGGAAGCUUUAAGGAGAAUGUCUUCCCUGAAGGCACUGCUGUGCCAAAACCGCCCCGCUCCCAUGUUGCGUUGGCAAAGGCGAAGGCUGCAGCGCUGCGGCCGAAGGCUGUCGGAAAAUCCAAGGGCAAAGCAAAGCACCUGGCUGAACCCGAGGCAAUCCUGGAGAUGGGGGCCGACGGACUCCAGACUCUGACAGUGAGGGCGCCUUCACUGGCGGUGGAGGAAUUCCUGGAAGAUUGCCCGUGGAAUUUCAAGGAACGUAUUGAAAAGGCCUUCCAAGAAGGCGCUGAUGCUGUUGUGAUUGAUCGUUUGGAGAAGCCGCCCCAAACACAUAUCCGAGUGAUCACUCGGAAGAAUGGAGAGAUCCUUUCGCAGUUCAGAGGUACCAUGGGAGGCGGCUGA